CCGCGCUGUAUUGGUUAGAAUAUUCAACCUGAAAAUAUAAGCAUGUCGGUCGUGUGCACCUCUUUAGCCCGAAACGCCGUGGCAUUACGGAACACUGGGGCGAUGAUGAUGGUGCGCUAUGCACAGACCGCAGCCGCCCCGGCAUCUGAGCCCAGGAUCAAGAAGUUCCAGAUCUACCGCUGGGACCCAGACACAAUGGGGGAUAAGCCACGCAUGCAGACAUAUGAAAUUGACCUCAACAACUGUGGCCCCAUGGUUUUGGAUGCCCUCAUUAAAAUCAAGAAUGAGAUGGACCCCACGCUCACAUUCAGACGCUCCUGCAGAGAGGGUAUCUGCGGCUCAUGUGCCAUGAACAUCAACGGAGGCAACACACUGGCCUGCUUAAACAAAAUAGACAUCAAUACCAGCAAACCGAUCAAAAUUUACCCACUCCCACACAUGUACGUUGUCAAAGAUCUGGUGCCGGACAUGAGUAAUUUCUAUGCCCAGUACAAGUCCAUCGAGCCCUUCCUGAAGAAGAAAGAUGAGUCUCAGGAGGGCAAGGAGCAGUACCGCCAGACUGUGGAAGACAGGCAAAAGCUGGAUGGUCUGUAUGAGUGCAUUCUCUGUGCCUGCUGUAGCACCAGCUGCCCUAGUUACUGGUGGAAUGGAGAUAAGUAUCUGGGCCCUGCUGUCCUCAUGCAGGCCUAUCGUUGGAUGAUUGAUUCACGUGAUGAGUUCACAGAGGAACGACUGUCGAAGCUCCAGGACCCCUUCUCUCUCUACCGCUGUCACACAAUCAUGAACUGCACUAAGACAUGCCCCAAGGGACUCAACCCAGGAAAGGCUAUUGCUGAGAUCAAGAAAAUGAUGGCAACAUAUAAAGAGAAAAUCAUUAACCCCGUGAACAUUGUGGAAAACCACCGGACUUGAAAUCCACUAGUAAUGACUCUAAUGCUGAACUUUCGAUUACACAUUAGCCUUUCAACAGUGUCUGUCCCUUUCAUUAGGCUUCGCACAUGAAAAAAGAUACAGGCAGUCUAGAAGAUACUGCCGCUUUUAUAUAUGUGAGAGUGAAUGUGUGCUGGAGGAGAGGAGAGAAAGGACAGAGGGAGAAAUGGAAUAACUGCUCCUCCUUCUAGAAAAAUACGUUUUUUUUCUAAAAAUACAUACAAAAGUAAUGUUUGAUGUGGUGAUGGAGCUUAUUACUCAGUGUGUGUAUAGAUUGUACAGGAGGGGUUGGCAACAGGUACUGGCCUACAAGUAUUUAAGAUUUUGGGGGGAUUUUAGUUUUUGGAGAAAAAAAUACUAAAACCACUAGGAAUUCAGCAAAAAAUGUGUUUAAUUUAGGAAAUCUGUUCAAAAAAAAAUCUGUAUUGCCAUGAAUAAAAAAAGAUGU